AUGGCCUCUCAUCUACAUUGGAUGCUUAUUAAAAAUACCCACUGUUUUCUUAUGAAGAGAAAAGGAGGGGAACAAUUUAGCCGCGAUCCAUUGAACUUGAAGGGGAAAAACUGCUUCAAGUACUGCGGUCUUGUUCACAAGAAGGCCAUUGGCAUCAAACAAGAACGCGGCGGCAAGGGCGUGUAUAUGCUUACAAAGAAGGCCGGAUAUGAUCACAAACCCCGUCAGGCCAUCGUGCGCACUAAGUUCGUUAGAGGCCAAAGACGGUCCCUGCAGAAAAUCCGGAACUUUGUUUGUCGUCAGAAUUACCGUCGCGAACUGAAGAUGCUUGCUUUGAGAAGAGCCAGCGGUAUGAUGCAAAAGAACAAGUCGAAGACGCCUGCCGCGUCAUCGCAACCGAAGAAGAACUAA